GGGACACAGAAUUGUUACUCAGGGACAGACACAGAAUUGUUACUGAGGGACACAGAAUUGUUACUGAGGGACACAGAAUUGUUACUGAGGGACACAGAAUUGUUACUCAGGGGGACACAGAAUUGUUACUCAGGGACAGACACAGAAUUGUUACUCAGGGACAGACACAGAAUUGUUACUGAGGGACACAGAAUUGUUACUGAGGGGACACAGAAUUGUUACUCAGGGACACAGAAUUGUUACUCAGGGACACAGAAUUGUUACUCAGGGACACAGAAUUGUUACUCAGGGACAGACACAGAAUUGUUACUGAGGGACACAGAAUUGUUACUGAGG